AUGUUGCGUCCUUCGAGUUACCUUCUUAAGGCCUUACGUUUAACGUCGAAUGAUAUGCGUUAUGUUGAAAGAGUACGACUACUUGACUACUGGAGUAUCCAGGAUUCUGCUUUGGCCAGGUUUGUUCUCUGA